GUUGCACAGACUUAAAAAGGACACAGUUGAGUUUAAUCUAACACGGUGGAGCUGACUCCUGGACUGGACUCUGAACUACCCACAAGGCAGUAGUUUCCUAGUUUAUCCUCCAGCCUGCGUGUGAAGGAGAGAGGAAGCCGGUCACAUUGUCCCAAAAAAGCUCUAUAUAUGGGAUGAGAGGGAGGAAGUUGGAUUCCUCAAUAGGGCAUCCACCCAGUGGCUCAAGAAACCUGCUCUGAAGGCUGGCCGGGUUGAAACUGUUCAGAGAGAUCUUCACUUCAGAUCAGAAAUUCCUCCAGAAGACUACCUCACCUGACCUGACUGGGACCAGCAACAAUACAGCCAUGUCUUUGCGGAUCCAUGUGCUGGCCUGCUGCUUCGGCCUGGGCUCCUGGGUGGCUGUCAAUGGCCUGUGGGUGGAGCUCCCCCUCAUCGUUAACACUCUCCCCGAGGGCUGGGAACUACCAUCUUACCUCACCGUUAUCAUCCAGCUCGCCAACCUGGGGCCUCUGCUGGUCACUCUCAUGCACAAGCUGUGUCCAGGCCGUCUGAAGGAGAGAGCUGCCAUCUACAGUGUGUUGUCCAUAGGUGUCCUGGCCUGUAUACUUCUGGCGUUCUACUGGGAUGAGACCACAGUGGUGGCGAUGGCAUCUCGAAGCACAGCCUUCUUUAUCCUCACCUUUUUCCUGGCCUUGGUGGACUGCACCUCCUCUGUCACCUUCCUGCCCUUCAUGAUGCAGCUACCAGCCCACUACAUCCCCACCUACUUCAUUGGAGAAGGCCUGAGUGGCUUUAUCCCUGGUCUGGUGGCUCUCGGCCAGGGCGUCGGCAUGGCCAAGUGUGUGAAUGCCACUCAGUCCUCUGGUAACCUCACUGAAGAGGAUAUGUACAUUGUCCAGACCCAGUUUUUACCGCCCAACUUCUCCACCGAGGUGUUUUUCUUCUUCCUGGCGGCCAUGAUGUGCAUCAGCCUGGCAGCAUUCUCUGCACUAAACAGGCUCCCACGUACCUUUGAACUGUCCACGGAGAACUUGGUUCCAGACACUGACACAGUGGCGUCAGUCUGCUCCGGACUAGACAACCAUGGAGCAGUGACUGAAGGGGAGAACUCAAACCCAAAAUGCCACAGUGAGGAAUCAGGUCAGGCCAGGCCACAGCUGGCUAAAUCAGGCCACUCUAUUUUUCAGUUAACUUUUAUCUAUUUCAUGGUGGUCUGGGUGAAUGCGGCGACUAACGGCCUCUUGACCUCGGUGCAGACAUACUCCUGUAUGCCCUACGGUAACCUGGCAUAUCACCUGUCGGCUGCUCUGGCAUCCUGUGCCAAUCCAGUGGCCUGUAUAGUCGCCAUGUUUUUUCCUAAAAGGUCACUAGUGCUCCUGGGUGUACUGUGUCUCAUUGGAUCAGUCUUUGGAGGAUACAACAUGGCAAUGGCCACCAUGAGUCCAUGUCCACUACUACAAGGCUCCGCACUAGGAGAAGCCAUCAUAGUGCUGUCGUGGGUCUUCUUCACAGGGAUACUGUCUUAUGUCAAGGUGAUGGUGGGUGUCAUCUUCAGAGAUGAGAGCCACAGCGCCCUGGUGUGGUGUGGAGCAGCGGCACAGACAGGCUCUCUGCUGGGCUCUGCCAUCAUGUUCCCACUGGUAAAUGUCUACAACCUGUUUCAGUCAGGAGACUUCUGUAACACCAAGUGCCCUUUAUGAUGGUGACCUAUUCCUAAAACACUAACAUAACCACGGGUAAGUAGCUUUGUCCAAGCCAGAAUGGCCCAUCUCAUAGAACACUCCCAGGAAAGGACACUAGUACCUGCUAGUACUUAUACCAACUGGGGUGGUGUGUGAAUAAUGUGGGGAAUGAACAAUGACUGGACAAGAUUAGAGAUUGGACUCUGAACAUGCCUUCAAGGGCACUCUCUUCUGAGAGAGAAAUCCACCUGGAUCAAUGGACUAAAAUAUAACAUUUCGAAAUGUUGCUCAAUUAAUAUUUGAAAAUGUUUUAUAAAGUGUGAUUCACAACCCACGCUCAAGGUUAGCAAUGAUUGUUUAACAUGCCUGCCCUAGUAAGUGGGUCAAACACCUUUGAAAUACUUUCUGUGAAUAGCCUCAAUCUUUUCAUCUUUAUUGUGUUGUAGACUUUUUUGUUGUUGUUGGACAAAAUCUUUAUUCAUUUUAAAAUGUUGUUGUUGGGGUAGGCUACAUGCACAAAUUCACAUAAUUUAAUAGUUAAGCUUAGACACACCUACUCAUUCAUGGGUUUUUCUUUAUUUUUACUAUUUUCUAAUCCUGUAGUAACCAAAAAAUGGUUAAAUAAAAGUCAGAUUCUUCAAAGUA